AUGACGCAACGUGAAAAUAAAGAAGCGGCUGAACAAUUGGCAAUGGUCUUUGGAAAUAAUCGUCAACAUCAUCAGCCAUACGCGCUUAACUUUUGUGGCAUGGACAAACAAAGUAUGCUAUGGUCAUUACUACUGAAGAAUAUCCCAACAAUUACUACAAAACCGCUACCACUACGAAUACACGAAGCUGACGCAUCGGAAGAUUUUCCGAAAGAAAAACUCGUCAUACUCACGCCCGAUUCACCAAACGUAUUGAGAGAGUACAAUAACGAUGAUCAUUACGUAAUUAGCAGCAUUGUUGAUCGCGGUGAUAAAAAACCAAUAUCAAUUGCCAAAGCAAAAGAAUUGAAUAUUCGUCAUGCACGUGUUCCCUUGGAACAGUAUCGUAGAUGUCGAAUGAAUAAAGCAUUGCCAUUGAAUCACAUGAUAGACAUAAUGCUUGAAUUGAAAAGAACACGCGAUUGGAAUAAAGCAUUUGGUUUUGUUCCAGCACGCAAAUUUUACUAG